CCUACAGAUCCGACAUUUGGGUGAACAUACCUGGGAGUUCGGAGACGCCGUCGGAGAAGGAUAUGGCCGGGGAGGGAAGAGAGAGAACAAGCACAUCCCAUCACAUCACCUCGCAUUGCAUCUAAGCACUUGCUUUGAUCUCCGAUCCCAUCCCGUCCUUGCCUGUUGGAAUUGGAUGAUUUGAUCUAGUCAUGACUAAUAGAUAGAUAGAAAGGCACAGGUGGAAAUUAAUUGCAGAAUGAGCGGCAACAUGAAGCAUCAAGCAACGAAUUUGGACGAGGAGCAUAUCGCAGAGUUGAGGGAGAUAUUCCGUUCGUUCGAUAGGAACAACGACGGAAGCCUGACACAGCUGGAGCUGAGCUCCCUUCUGAGGUCGCUGGGGCUAAAGCCCAGCGGGGACCAGCUGGAGGCCUUCAUCAACAAGGCCGACACCAACAACAACGGCCUCAUCGAGUUCUCUGAGUUCGUCGCCCUCGUAGCCCCUGAAAUCCUCCCGGCUAAGUCCCCCUACACAGAAGAGCAGUUGCGCCAGCUCUUCAAGAUGUUCGACCGCGAUGGCAAUGGUUUCAUCACGGCGGCCGAGCUUGCUCACUCCAUGGCCCGCCUCGGCCAUGCCCUCACCGCCGACGAGCUCACCGGCAUGAUCCGGGAGGCUGACACCGAUGGUGAUGGCCGCAUCAAUUUUCAGGAGUUCUCUCACGCUAUCACUUCUGCUGCUUUUGAUAAUUCAUGGGCCUAGCCACUCAAGUUAAUUUCUCCCUAGGUGUGUAAAUGAUUCCAUCGUACCUCAGUUUAUUCUUUCCAACUUCGUUCUCCCCAACUACGUACUCAUUCAUAAAUGAAUCAGCUGCUCAUGACAAAUGGUAUUAAUUAAUUGCUCUUUUUAAUAAUCUACUGUAUAUAAUCUAUUUGUA